AUGGAGGUUUAUUUGAGCGACGAUGAAAAACUAUUUCUGAUCGCUGGAAUCGAGGAUAAUAUUAGGAACGAUGGAAGAACGUAAGUUUUUCACAAACAUUUUUGAUUUUUAAAGAAAAGCCUUCUAAUUCAGAUGCGCUGACUUUCGCCAAGUUGUUUUAGAACAAGGAGUUCUAACCGGAACAAAUGGAUCUUGUCGAGUUCAAUUAGGACACACUACAGAUGUUUUAGCUGGAAUUAAAUUGGAACUCGAGAGUUUUGACAAAGAUUCCGAGAAGAACACGCCACCGCCUUUCAAAUUUUUCGUAGAUUUUUCUGCGAAUGCCAGCUCACAAUUUGCUGGAAAAGGUGGAGAUGAAUAUGCGGAAGAAUUGUCAGCGGCUCUUACAACUGCCUAUUCGAAUUCGUAUGAUAUUUUGGGUAAUUUGAAAAAGUUAGUUGUAUUAUUUUUGUUCCGUUUCAUAUUUAAACCACACUUUUUUGCAGAGUUCAAUUAGCUGAUGGUUAUCGAUGGAAGAUUUAUGUUGAUGUGACUGUUUUGCAAUGGAAUGGUUCUGUUAUCGAUGCGAUUUCACUUGGUGUAAUCGGUGCACUUCAUAAUUUGUCGAUUCCAGAAGUUGAGAUUUCACCGGAUGAUGGCGGAAAAGUGUCGAUUGUUUUGAAAAGACCAAGAACUGGUGGAAAUGUGAGAGAUGAAGAAGUGCCGGUUGACACGUGGAAAUUGGAUGUUAGCAGGUAGGAUAUUUUUGAACUAUUAGUGUUUCGAAAGAAAAUCGAGGAACUUUUCUCGGCUAAGAAUUGCAAACGGUCACGUCGAAAAUUCAUGACGUAUUUUCAAUUUUUUUUUAAAUUUUUAACGAUUUUUUUUCUGAAAAUUUUUGACGUCUUUUAUUUUUCAUUUCUGGUUUUGAAUUUGCCUGAAUCGUUUUUUUUUCUUAAUUUUCACAAAAAUGUAAUCAGGACAUCAGUGAUCUACUGUGCAAAUUGUUUGUUUCUCUCAAAUAGACAUACUUUCUCGUGUUCAAACUACAAACAUUGCUUUUUUUGAUAAAUUGCUUAAUUUGUAAAAGCGGACAAUUAUUUUUUCAAAAAAAAAUCUUUUUUGAAUUAGAAAAUUUCUCAAAUUUCAGAUGUCCACUUCUCGUAACAGUUUCAAAAAUUGGAACAGGAAAUGUUAUUGAUUGUACACCAGAAGAAGAAACAUGUAUUCGAUCACAAUUAUGGGUUGGAUUAACACCAAUCUCAAAUAAUGAUUUUGAAGUGACAUGUGUGAAACAAGUCGGUUCAGGACUUCUCGAAAUCGAAUCUGUCAAUGAAAUGAUCUCAUUAUCAUCUGGAGCUGUAAAAGGACUUCAUUCUGCACUUUUACAUCGUUUGAAAACUGAAGAAUAUCGAAAACCCGGUCAUUCAUUUUUAUUAUAA